AAACGCGUUCAAUAUAUAACUGAAUGUCAAAAGUCACAACAAACAGCUGUCGGUUCGGUUGCUUGGUCCGUCGAAUGCGGGAUUUCAUUUGUUUAGGAAACCCAAACAAAGUCACUCCGCUUUUAACCGAACGCGAAAAAUAUUCUUAAAAAUGGGCUCCAACACGGACUCGAUCACUUCGUCGGCUACCACCAAAAAGUCGAUGCAGGCUCACCCGCCUGGUCGCAAGAAGUCCGGUCCGAAAUUCGAGCUGUCCGACGAGCAAAAGGCCGACAUUAAGGAAGCCUUCGACCUCUUCGACACCGAAGGCUCAGGCCUGAUAGACAUCAAAGAGCUCAAAGUGGCCAUUCGGGCGCUGGGCUUCGAACCGAAAAAGGAAGAGAUCAAACGCAUGACCGCGGAAAUCGACAAAGAUGGAACCGGGAAGCUGUCCUUCGCCGACUUCUUACAGCUGAUGUCUGUGAAGAUGGCCGAGAAGGAUACCAAGGAGGAGAUACUCAAGGCCUUCCGACUGUUCGACGACGACGAUACAGGGAAGAUCUCGUUCAAGAAUCUGAAGCGGGUAGCCCGCGAGCUGGGCGAAAACCUGACCGACGAGGAGCUGCGGGAAAUGAUCGAUGAGGCGGAUCUCGAUGGAGAUGGCGAGGUCAAUCAGGAGGAGUUCCUGCGAAUCAUGAAGAAAACCAGUCUGUACUGAGGAUGGCGGCGAAAUGCGGGCUCGGCGCGGCCCUGUCCAGUGAUCCAAAUUUGUGCUCUCCAUUCCUUAUCUGCUCGGGUACCUUGCCUACAAACUAAGUUAUUCCAUGUACUUGAUAGAGUUUUAAGUUAGCUUUUAAUGCGUUAGCACGUCUCGCGGUCGCCGCAUUCGAUUUAAUGAUUGUAAUGUAAACGAUAAACCCAAAAAAUGCUAGAUAAAAGGCUUUAAAUUAUGCACAGCCAAGCGAAAUGCAACAAUAAAUAUUUUCUGAUGUGUAUAUGUGAGACGAUAUUCGGAAAAAUACAUGUUCAGCUGCCAAGGCGCACAUAUUGUAAUCGAA